UGAUAAGUCGAUUCCCACGAUUCCCACUUCCCAAUGGAAAAUGUGCUCGAUUUCUGAACCGGUUGUCGUCUGGAAGCAGUGAGAGCAUGCUGUGUGUGUAGUUUUUAUUCGCGAUAUUUGCAUUCUGCCAACUAAUGCUGAGGAUUUCUGUCCUGAGCUCAGAACAAUUUGAGAAUAAGCCACGUGCUGAGCCAGUCUAAGCCAGUCCUAUUCCUGACGAUCUGAAUGCCCCCUGAUGGCUACAUACAUUCAUAUAUAGCCUCGUUCAGGUCUCCAUCUGCAGCCUCUAUCCAACCCCUCCACAAUGGACGGGCAGAGCUUCUUUGACCUGUUGGAGGGCGCGGACGCGUGCCUCAAUGAACCGGCGCCACCGCCACCUCCUCCAGCCGCGGAAUGUCCUGGAUGUCUGCGAAGUCAGCAGGAGCUGUUCGAGCUCCGCUCUCAACUGAGAGCCAUGGAGCUGAUUAAGGAGAAAAUCAUCAAAACUGAUCAGCUGAUCGGCCGCUACAGUCAGCUGUCCGCACGGCACCGCGAACAAACCAGACGUCUGGAGGAAUCGUCACAGUUGGUAGCGCAGCUGCAUCGAGACUGUAACAAACACGAGGCCGAGCUGGGGGCACAGCUACGUGAACUGAACGAACUCAGACAGGAGGUGUCCGUGAAGACCCAGCAGCUGGACGCACUGAUGUCGGAGAUGACGGAAUGCAGAGCCCAGCAGCAAGGCGCCGAAGCCGCCAUGAUGCAAUACAAGACGGCACUCCAAGAGCUGGAGAAAAGGAUGGAGUCGGAUCAGCAGGCAGCCAAGGAGAAAAUAAUCGCCGUUGAAGCUUCUCCAGCGUCUGGGAGGAUUCCUGUGAUAACACGGGUGAAGAACUCUGCAGGAGGCAGUGCCGCGACAGCUCCAACGCCCUGGAGGAGAAUGGUGGCUGGAUGGCGCCGGCUUCAGAGGGAGACAGCAUGACGAUCGGUGACGUCGCCUGCGAGAAUCUCGGCCGUGACGAAACUCUGGGGAUCGAGUCUCAGCUGUACAGCUCUGUCUGUGACCUGCCGUACCACGAGGAGGGACACGGCAUCAGGGACCUGCUCUGCUGCGAGGACGGACUGCAGGUGGAGUGUCUGGGACCCAUCACCACCCUGCCGCCCAUGCUGUAGGACCUGCCGAAGGACGUGCUGGAGAGGAGGAUGGAGAAGAGGUUGAAGACGAUGGUGGAAAAUUCGAUGUAAAACGGAUGUUUUACACAAAUAACGCGAACUAAAAUACGAUGCUGAUGCUUAUGUUGGCAUUGAUGUUGAAGGAUCUGAUGUAGUACGUGCCCUAAAAAUAUGUGAAAUAAUAUGAAGUCGACACUGAAGAAGAUAUUGGAUACAAUGAUGAAGGUAUUGAUGUCAAACACAUCACAUACGGCUGAAAUAUCACAUGCCAAAGAGUCUGUUAGAGAACUUGCAAUAAAACCUGACGUCGAACAUGUGGAAAACAACGUUGGUAAAG